UUGAGUUGUUAUAGCCUUUUUUGGUUAGGUUUUUGCUCUCGCGCCCAAUCCGCGCCAAAUUUCAAAUUCUCUUUAGGUCGGUUUGUGCCCUAUAAAUAGUUCCCAACUUUGCUUCUUCUCCUAACCGAUCCCCUUUCACCCCGUCUUCUAAACGAUGACCACAUCUGAGAGAAGCAUGAACCGGCCCGUCGGAAUCAAGCUGGAUCCGUCCAAGAAGCCGGUGUACCUCACCAAAUCACAGAGAGAGCAGUUAGCCCUCCAUGACGAGAUCGCCGAUCAGAAACGCGGCCACGAACAUCUUCAGGUUAAGUACAACCGCCCUUCCUCCGAUAACCACUGUAGCGAAAAGAACCGAAAAAGAGAGAGAGACAGGAACAGUGACAGAGAUAGAGAGAAGGAAUUAAAUCGAGUUAGAUUGGAGAAUCCGGCAGAGAAGGAACUUGAAGCUAUUCAUGAGCAAUAUUUGGGAUCUAAGAAACCCAAGAAACGGGUGAUUACAUCCUGUGCAAAACUCCGAUCAUCUUUCGACUGGGAGAACUCUGAAGACACUUCUCGUGACGUGAACCUUCUUUAUCUAAACCCUCACGAAGCCCGUCCACACUUUGGUCGCGGAUUCUUUGGUGGAAUCGAUCGAAGGGAGCAGAAGAAGCUUGCCAUCAAGAAUGAGAGGAAGAUACAGGAGGAGAUUUGGAAGAAGGGAGGCGUUGAGGCGACUGCAGUAGAAGCAGCUGCCUUGAAGAAGAAGGAACAAAUUGCUGAUUUGUAUGACACUUUUGACAUGAGGGUUGAUCGCCACUGGACAGAUAAGAAGCUGGAGGAAAUGACAGAGAGAGAUUGGAGGAUAUUUAGGGAGGAUUACAACAUAUCCUAUAAGGGGUCGAGGAUACCCCGUCCCAUGAGGAAUUGGGCUGAGAGCGCCUUAACUACAGAUUUGCUUAAGGCGGUUGAGAGGGCUGGCUACAGGAAGCCCUCUCCGAUUCAAAUGGCUUCCAUUCCGCUUGGACUUCAACAACGUGACGUGAUUGGGGUUGCAGAAACUGGUUCAGGUAAAACUGCUGCUUUUGUUCUCCCUUUGUUGAAUUAUAUCACUAGGCUUCCUCCAUUGAGUGAAGAGAAUGAGGCAGAGGGGCCAUAUGCGGUUGUAAUGGCACCCACACGAGAACUAGCUCAACAGAUUGAGGAUGAGAUCGUCAAGUUUGCACACUAUUUGGGUAUCAAAGUUGUUUCUAUUGUUGGUGGGCAGUCCAUAGAAGAGCAAGGUUUUAGGAUUAGGCAAGGAUGUGAAGUUGUGAUUGCGACCCCUGGGCGACUUCUCGAUUGCUUGGAGAGACGUUAUUGUGUUCUGAACCAGUGUAAUUAUGUUGUUCUCGAUGAGGCUGACCGGAUGAUUGAUAUGGGUUUUGGACCUCAAGUUGUUGGUGUACUGGAUGCAAUGCCUUCAAGUAAUAUGAAACCAAAGAAUGAGGAUGAAAAGCUUGAUGAGAAUAAGAUUUAUCGUACCACUUAUAUGUUCAGUGCUACCAUGCCACCUGCCGUAGAGCGGCUGGCUAGAAAUUACCUAAGAAAUCCUGUUGUCGUGACUAUUGGCACUGCUGGAAAGGCUACUGACCUCAUUACUCAGCAUGUCUUCAUGGUAAAGGAAUCUGAGAAAAUGUUUAAGCUGCAGAGGUUUCUGGAUGAGCUUGGAGAUAAGACUGCUAUUGUGUUCAUCAACUCUAGAAAGCGGGUUGACACGGUCGCCAAGCAUCUGGAUAAAGCUGGCUAUAGGGUAACCACACUGCAUGGUGGGAAAUCACAGGAGCAGAGGGAAAUCAGCCUUGAAGGAUUUAGGACGAAGAAGUAUAAUGUGUUAGUUGCUAGUGAUGUUGCCGGUCGUGGAAUUGAUAUACCUGAUGUGGCCCAUGUGAUUAACUAUGAUAUACCAAACAAACUUGAAGCAUACACCCAUCGUAUUGGACGUACAGGUCGUGCAGGAAAGACAGGUGUAGCCACAACGUUUUUGACCUUGCAGGAUACUGAAGUCUUUUAUGAUCUUAAGCAAAUGCUCAUCCAAAGCGACAGUCCUGUUCCCCCCGAACUUGCUAGGCACGAAGCUUCAAAGCUCAAGCCGGGAAGUAUUCCUGGCAGACCACCUAGGCGGAACGAUAUUGUUUUUACUCAUUAAAGUUGGAACUCAUGCAUAUUCAAUCACAGUGGUCGAGAGUAAAGAGUUUAUAUAAUGGUAUCUGUGAAAGAGAUGGAGUUGGUAGAUACGGUGAAUGACUCCUACAUAGUGCAGUGGUACUAUGUGCUUACUUAUGAUUGUGAUUAUAUGACAACAACAUAACCACUCUAAACCUAUAAGUGGGGUCUGGGGAGGGUAGUGUGUAUGUAGCCCUUACCCCUACCCUGGAAGGUAGCUGUUUCCAAUGGACCCUCGGCUCAAGGAAAAUUGAUUGUGAUUAUAUGAUGCUGAGAUUUCAAUGUGCUGGUAAAAGAAUUCUUUACCUAGUGUUCUCCUAACCUUUUUACUUAAAAAAAUGAACAGAUCAAUGGUAGUAUAGUGCAGUAUGCCAUGGCACUCCAUCGGGGGUCGAGGGGUUGGUUUGCAGAACCUUCAUAUGUCUUACCCCUUAGUAACAGUCAACGGGACUACGCAUGACAUUCAGCUUGAGGUUUCAUGCAUUGAAGGUGUGGAUAUAGUUACAUGAGAUUUGCAUACAUUGCUCACUUACACUUAGUUAUGUUUAGAUUAUGACAGAUGGCUCACUUGAUGGUGAAGCAUAUCAAGAGUUAGAUAAUGAUCUUUUUAGGUGAAAACAAUCUGAGGCCCGUUGUACCAUUGAUACUUGUAGAGUUGAUCAAACUAUCACUAUGUAAAUGAAGUUCAUGAGGCUCUUGAUUGAUUGCAGGACAUACUUUAGUGUUUUGGCCCAACUUCCAAAUGAUUUAUAGUUUUCAGCUUAUUUCAUUCUAUCAGUAAAACAACAAGGCCCUUGAGUACCUUGUAAAGAUGGAAAAUGACUUACAAAUCAUCAGCAAUCUGAUGGAGGAGGAGUACUAUGAGUGCAUCAGGUGUACAUGCAGCUUUCCGGUAAUAAUCAAAGAGAGGGAUGCACCACCAAUUACUCUGCGUGAGAGAGAAUAGGCAUCCUUUUUAGUAGUCAUCUUGGUGUCACUAUUGCUAAUGGGCUAAUGCACCAUAAGCAAACUACUUGCUUAACUGGACAGAACCUGGGGAUGCAUUGGAUAAUAUUAGCAUGAGAAAUGUGGUUUUAAAUGCUUGAUUUAGUUUUAUGGUGGAAGAAGUAGAUGUUUGCACAUAUAAAAGUCAACUUCUACUUCCGUAUAACAUAUUUUGUGAAAUGCAGGUAAAAUCAACAUAUUGUAUUUCAUGUAUCAUCAAAGUGUCUUCUCACUGGAAAGAAAGAUGAUGAGACAUUGGGUUAAUUUCUUGUGUGUGAUUAUGCAGCAAAGCUUGAAGCUUGGGACUGAUAUCCUGUAGAUAAUAAGCAAUUGAACAGGCAUGAACUUCUUUAGUUCCUCAGAGUUAUCCUAAAUACUUUUUAAUAACAAUACAUUUAUACUUUAGUAAUGAAACAUUUUUCGUUCCUUGCUUCCAUCUCUUUUGCACUAUUUCUGUCUAUCUUUAUGUAUGCCAACAUUCUGUCACCCACCAUUUGUGUAUAUAUGAUUGUUAGCUAGGCUGGCCUUUGCUCUUCUAUUGGGAAUUUGUGGUGGUGGAGGUGUUUGCUGUAAACAAAUAUUGGAUAACCUUUGUUAGUUUGCUUAUGUGAAUCAUGUUUGUGAUUCUCUUAUCUGUUUUAUAUCCUCCCUUGUCACUAGCAUGGUUUUGGUUUUGCUUUCCUUCAGGUUUCCACUGGGAUGUUUAUAUUGGCCGUUGGAAGAGGUACUCUUUUGUUUAUUAUUUUGUUCUAAAAGAAUGAAACAACAUGGUUGGAUUAAAUAACAUGCUCUGGCAAUCUAAAUAAUAGUGUCAUAGGUUGCUUUACUUUCUUUUACUUUGAUGAAUAUACAAAAAAUGAUAAAUCUCUCUGCCAUAGAACUUUUAAGAUUCCGUAAUAGAUUUUAUUAUCUACUACAAAAACUAAAGGCAAUCAGGGUGGAAAUGCAUCUGCUUGAGAGGAACUCUUCUUUUGCUUCACUAAAAGCAAAUUAUGUUUGGUUCUGACUUGUGAUUAAUAGAUCUAUUAGCUGAUUCAGCAUAAUAUUUAGGCCCUUGUUCUGAAAAGUCGAAGAUAUGCCUUCUAUUUACUAUGUCCUGGAACGCAUUGUUCUUUUCUAGUCGUGAUAGAAUGAUAUAUCUGCUGUAGAAUUGUUUCUAACUCUAUAAAAUUCAUAAACUUUUGUUUUUGUUAGUUAAUCUUUCUCAAGUUCAACUUUGGAAACAGAUUUAAACACUGUAUCCUCACUCACCAUCAUGUGAGAAUUCAGCAUUCUCGCUGAGAGCAUUUUAGCAUGACAAUUCUUAGUGUUGCAAUAAUUGAUCAAACUUUGUGUGAGAAUACAGCCCAUUUCUAUUGCGCAGCUGUACAUAGAGGGAGGAGGUACUCCUUUAUUCUUCUGUAUUACUUUUUGGUGUGACAUGAUAAAUACUACAUUUUAGUUGCAUAUACUACUGUUCUUUUCUCCGUUAUUUUCUUUUCAUACCUGUUUUGAUAUGUUUUAAUUGAACCAAGGUCUAUCGAAAACAGUCUUUCUAUCUCAAGUCCUCUAGAGGUAGGGUAACGUUGCAUACACCCCACCCUCUCUAGACCCCACUUGUGGGGUUUUACUAGGUACGUUGUUGUUGUAUCCACUUCAUCAUUUGCUUUGAAGUUAGAUGUUCUCCAGGAAAUAAUUUUAUUUGGACCUGCUACUGUUUUCAAGAAACAGAAGAACUUGUGUAAUGCUUUUAUACUUUAUGUAAAAUGUGCAUCAAUCUUUUUUGUUACAGCUAACAUGAAAUGUCAUCUUGAUGUUUAGAUCAUUGGAAAGAAUAAGACGUCUGAGAAGGAAUGCCGUAAAAAGGCUUCUUCAAUUUAAUCUGGGAUAGGAGUAAACUAUGAAAACAAGCAACGAAGUAGAAAAGAGAACAUGCAUUUUCAAUAUAAUACAAAAAUCCCUCCUCUCAAAAAAAAAAUCAAACGUCUGGAUACAUUACUCUCCAUUCCAAACCCUCUUUCCCCGUCCUAUUUUCACUCCUUCAAUUUCUCUCUAUUUUCACUCCCAUAAUUUAAUCGGUCAUCCCCCAUCCUAAAAUUUGAAUUUCAAAAGAUUUCUCUCUCUAGUCAAAAUUGUCAAUAGGUAGUUAUUGUCUUCUCCAUUUUGUUCGUUUUUUUCAUCAAUUUUCUCAUACAUAUGGAUGCUCCUUCGUUUAGUAUUAGGAUUAUUCAAUUAAAUACAUCUAACACUGAUCAAAUUUGUGAUAUUGAUGAUCAUAAAUGGGGUGAAAAUAGAUCUAAAAGCUUGCAUGAUUCAUUUACAACGACAAAUCAAAAUUUCGAGAAAGCAAAAUCAAAGAAGAAUGUAUUUUCAUUGUCUAAAGCGGAUGUGGAAAUCCACCCAAGAGAAGGGGUAAAAAAGUUGCUCAUGUAAUUUCUCGACGUACAUUACCCAGGGUAUCUGUUUCCUAACUUAUGCUUUUUUUUUUUUUUUGAUAAACCCAUUGUUAGUUGCUUUAAAAAAGUCUCAUACAUUGUUGUUUAAAUUGAUAUCAUAUUACUAUGCAUCUUGAUUUAAAUGUAUUAGGUUGAUACGUAAAACCCUAGUUUCGUUCUCUUUGUGUUAUGAAUGUAUCAGAUUAGAAAGUUCAAAUUGUAUGAUUAAAUUUAAUAUGAAGUAUAUUGUAUCGCAUUGUAACAUGAUGUAUACCUGAUACAUUAAAUAUCACAUAAUGAGUAUAUGAUGUUAUACUUAGUAUCAUAUACAGAAUUUUGACAA